AUGGCAGCAGCAAAGCUCUGUUGUACCGCGCCUGUUCGGUCACAUUCGCCUGAUGCUACACCCUCGAGGCCUGUCAGACACUUCAAGUCUCUGGCCAACAUCAAGAUACACUUUGCUAAUAACAAGCAUGCGACAACUGCCACGAACAGCUUGACAGAUAGAGGCCAACCGCGUUACUCUGCAGAUGAUCUUGAACUUCGGCAUAUCUUUGUUGCUGCUUCCUUGCCAGAGGAUCACCCUCACGCUCUCAGAAUAGGCCAUCGCAAGCCCGAAGUCGAUGAAACGAUCAUUCAAUCGCCAAGCUUCACCAACAAAUUGCGUAGACAGCUGAGUCGCAAGAGUCUGGUAACAGACAAGCCCCAUAGGGACACGGCAAGCAGGUCAAUUAUCAAGCACUUCCCCUUCCCCUACAAGAGACUGUUUCACGGUCUUCGAGAUCUUGCUGAUGAUUACGAUGACGAUGCUCAGUCGUUGCGUUUGCCCCAGUCUCGACUGGUUUCUCUUGAACAUGACAGCUCUGGAACGACAGACGCAAAGACAGUCCAGCACAUACGAUUCUGCGAACCCAGUGAUCGUUCUACCACUGCUGCGUACGAGCCACGUCGCUCGAUCAGCGUACCUCCAGCAACCUGCCCGGCUGACUCUGCAUCACCCCUGAGACGUUCACUUUCUUCUUCCAAUAUGCAGCAAGGGUUCAACGGCGCUCUUGCUAUCGACAUACCUGGUCCUACGUUCAUGAAUCCGGACGACAUAUGGCCGUCAUCUCCAUCGCCGGCCAAGGCGACCGAAGCGCAGUUCCAUAGCGCGCCCACCUCUGUCAGUUUGCAACUACCCCGACUUCCAUCUCCAAAGUCGGAUCAGCCGCAACUACUGAGAGCCAAAUCAAGAAGUAAUGACAAGCAUAAAGUGUCGCCGAAAGACUCGACCAACUCGCUACACCUAUACGAUAUGCAUAUCUCACAGCAUUUACGUACACGAUCGCAGAUUUCAGAGGCGUCAAGCGCAAGCGAGAUGGGUGGACAGAAUCGUCACACACAUGCAAGUCUUAACAGUAUUGUGCUCUCUUCCAUGGAUCUUCCGCGAUGCAAGAGUGUUUCGAGCUCUGGCUUUGCGGGCUCGGCUGGGCCUUCUACUUGGGAGACGGUUCUCGAAGACGAAUCGUCAUCCAUAUACAGUCGCAGACCAAGCACAACUCUGGAUACGCCACUUGCAUCGCCAAUGGAGUACGUAUCUGGUUUUCCUAGCCAGAUCAUCCAGGAAGCCCCGAUAAUGUCUGACUCACCCAAACUUGCGAAUGACGGCAAGACAAUGACCGCUCGUCAAGCAGAAAGAGUCGUGUCAGCAUCUACUGGUAUAAGUUUCGUAGCAAGUGGUUCAGCGUCUCGUUCUGACCUCAAAGACUCUGUGUCGGUGACCGGCUCAGCAUGUAACAGCAAUUUGCCUGCUCACAACACGUCAUGCUCCCUGCCAAAAAGUGACAGUUCUGGAAGCCUGGGUAAGCUAAGCAGAUUCAAGGAAGACCUCAACAAUCCAUCCAGUGCCCACAGAUCUAAGAAGAAGCGCCGCUCCGUCUUGCGCAUACUAUUCCCCAAUCUCACAUGGUCCAAACUUCGAAGUACCAGCACACCGUUGCUUGGCGGUAAAAACCAGUCUUCUCUCACUCAAACCUACGACGGAACCGGAGACUCUCAGGACUUGCUUUCUGUGCCACAUUCCUCCUCCAAGCCACACAGCAGUCAGCGCGCAGUCAGCUUCGCUAGCAGAGCGGAUAAGAGGCCUGCGAGUGCAAUCUCAACCGGCUCCUUGGCCGUUGCUCCAUCUUUGCAGUCACGGCAGUCCUUGGUCAGUUACGAGAGGAAUCUCUCGAUCGCGGGUAACAACCGCCGUCGCAAAUCGACAUUUGUCGAACCGAAGAGUUACGUGCAUGAGAACGAGAGUGAAGAUAAUUACCCACAACGGACUAUACAUCGUGCCAAUCCACUUCAAGGCCCCGGCAGAAAGGGAACGGAAGAGACCUUGAUGGAAAAGGCAUUGCUACAACACCAGGCGGAGAAAGCAGCCUUCCUCCGUCCAAAUGAUCAGAAGAUAGGUGGCGUCCCUUCUCCGCUGUAUGCCCCCGUCUUCACAAGCUCUUUCGGUUUCCAAUCUACUAGCGAGGCGAGACUGGCAGCAGCAACACUCGAUGACUUGGACCCGUUAGAAUCCGAUGGAUCGCCAGCUGCUCGUAGAAGCCAAAGCAUGCAUGAUCUUGGGUCCGCUGCUGGAACUUCGUUGUUCCGCAAGAAAAAGCGCAGCACUAUCUGGACUAUGAAUACCGCUACCACUAAAGGCACCAGAUCACACCUCCGCACAACUGCUCCACCUCGCUCCUGGAGUCGCUAUCCAUCUCAUACGCGGGAGAGACGUUGCGGCCCAGCUGGUCGCCGUGAUGGCAUAAUCUGUCGAGAUUUUGCUCAUGACCGAGAAACGCGCAAUGUACAACAAACGGCCUCCUCGAAUGAGAUACUGGACUCACCUAAGAGCUGGCCACGUCUGAUCAAUGCCAAGAGAAGAAAUUGGAUUGUAAAAUCGCGAUCGAUGACAUUUGGGACAGUCUUCCGCUACUACACUGAUCUGCUUACUUCAUCAGCAGCCCGUAACCGCCGAUCGUCUACAACAACAGGUGGUAGACUAGAGCAUCCUGAGCUUGAGGUUUUGCCUCCAGUUCUGUCGACACAUUCGACUACCUCACAACAAGCAGGAACCAUGGACCAUCUUUCUCGUCUUAUAGAAGCAGAGGAUCAUCAAACAAAAGGGGAAGAACUCGGUUUCAUCAAUGCUCAUCGUCAUGACUCAGCAUCGGGUGUAGACAAAUCUCCAUCUCUACAUGCUUCGCCCGCUCGUUGUAUUCAUGACAGAACACAGUCCACACACAGUCAGGAAGCCACUGAGUGUGUAACAGAAGAUCCAGUGGAAGACGAAUCUAUUUUGUCUGGUUCGGUGGACGGGAUCGUCGAGAACAGACCUGCAGAACCGGACGGAGCACUGAGUGCAAGAAGGCUGUCUCGCAUGUAUCAAGCCUACGUGCGGCUUCCAGGAUCUUUGGACAACACUGAAGUUGAGCGAAGUGGUGCUACAAAUAACUUCAUCUAUGCACCAGAUGGAUUCAACAUGGCUGGACCCUCUGAUAUUGACGUGGAGGCGCCUACCACUGAGCCUUCGACCAUCUCUCCCGACCACCAACGUCUGCCCUCUGGCCCAGUCACUCGGCAUUUCCCCUCGGUCACCGUGAUUGAUGAUCGUAAAGGACACUGGCGCAGUGUUAGUCUGUUGUCAGUGGACUCUGGAAAGAGCGUUCGCAAGAGCACUAGAGAUCUCCUGGAGGCUGUCAGAGCCACUCAAACACAGGAGCUCGAAAAACUGCUGGGCACAUCGGAGAUAUCGAUGACGGGCGACAAGACUCUUUGA